AAUACAGGUCAGUGAGUGACAGUGUAUUGAAAUAAUAAUAAUAAUGUAUUGAAAUAUCAGUUAACGAAUGCCUUUGUAAUUGCAAAGAUGAGUGUCAACUUUGUAGAUUAUUUCUCCAACGAGCAUAAUGGAUACGAUAUAUUAUAUCAAAACAUGAAAUACGGACUCAUUGCCAGCAAAGAACUCUCAGAGUACUUUAGAGAGAGGUCCAAUAUUGAAGAAACAAAUUCUAAAUUAUUAAGUAAAUUAGCUAAGCAAGCGAAUAGCAACUGUGCACAGGGUACAUUCGCGCCAUUCUGGGGCGUUCUCAAAUGCUCUGCAGAGAAACUGUCUAAUUUACAUCAGCAUAUGUUCCAGAAAGUGAGUGAACUUGUGAAAGAUGUUGCUCGAUAUGCUGAUGAACUGCACAAAAAGCAUAAAGCAGUUAAAGACUCUGAAUCGAAUACAUUAGAAGUAGUCCUGCUUAUUCAGAGCACUAAACAGGCUCUUCAAAAGGCUAAAGAUGUAUAUACAACUAAAGCUGCCGAAUUGGAAAAACUCAAAAAAGAUAAUGCCUCCGCCAAGGACACUGAGAAGGCAGAAGUAAAAUUGAAGAAACUACAUGAGGAAUAUAGACAACUAGCUGAGAAGUAUAAUUUAGUAAAGCAGGAUUUUGAAAAGAAAAUGACACAAACAUGUAAACAUUUUCAGGAUGUAGAAGAAGCACAUUUGAAGCAAAUGAAACAAUUUGUGAAUGCUUAUGCUGACAUUAUACAGAAUAACCAUGACCUUAUGGGUCAAGUUCACAGAGACUUUAAACAUCAGUGUCUUGAGUUAACUGUAGAAAGAUUAUUAGAACAGUUUCUUAUAGAGAAAUACAAUGCAAUAGAGAAGGCCAAUUUAGUUGAACUACCUCCCUCAUUACCUAAACCAGGCUCUGCCAACAAUUCAAUAUCAGAAGCAGAUCAAAUCUCAACUGUAUCUAAUGGCUCACACAAGCCAGCGCAACCAGCUAAAGCAGCCAAAAAGGAACCAACAUUUGCUAGUAAAACCUCUCGGAGAACAACAUCCCUUUUAAAUUUAUUCACUCCUAAUUUUCAAAGUAAAGAUGAACCUAGUGGUAGUAUAGAAGGAGCUGCCCCUUGCUCUGCUCCUUCCAGCCCAAGUGGUACACCAGCUACUCCUGUAGCACCUGACAAAGAUGAAAACAUGGGUCGUACAACAUUACGAGAAUCAAAAUGGUUCCGAAAAACAAAAACCAAAUUGAAAAAAUCAAAGAAAAAGAAAGAUGAGAUAACUGAGAAUUCGAAUGUAGGGGACAAGUCUGAUUUAGAUGAAAAAGAAGAGGAAGUUCCAGUUAAAGAAGACUUAAAUUCCCCAGAAGUUGAUGAAGAAGGUUACUGUAUCAGACCAAAAGAUGAGAAAGGUAGUGUUUAUUCAUCAAGUGAUUCUGAUUCAGAUGAAGAUAGAGACCGUAAGAUUCAUGUGGAAAUAAAACCAAUAAGUAAUGGUGGCGGUCCGAUGUCUGCCAGUGUGGAUGAGCUCAGAGCUACUGUAGAAAAUAUUUCUCUUUACAAAAUUGGUACAACAAGGCGUGGUUCUAAUGCAAAUACCAGUAAAGCUAGUAGUGAUUUAUUAGAUCUCAACUUCUUCCAAAGUCCCACAGCUAGCAAUCCUACCUCACCACAUGGAACUGUGUCAAAUCCAUAUGCUCCAUUGCAGGCUAAUCAAUCGCAUCUGCUUGAAAGUCCGACUCCAGUUUCGACCGCCGAUGUCGGCGACCUAUUCUCCGAAGUCGGAGAAAUGAGUCAAUCGAAUUUUCGUACGUCUACGCCCACAACAACUACUAUUUCGCUUCCGCGACCACCAUCGAGACGCUCCGAAGGUGAUUUCCGAACUGCCGGCUCCUCAGGUUCUAGAGGCCCUUCUCCUCUUACUAUAGGUAUGGCUGAUACAAUACCUUUGGCAGUCGCUUUUCACGAAAUCAUACACGCGUAUUUUCGGGGUACAGAGGAGUCUAAAUGUCAAGUGAAGAUGUCAGGCGACAUGAUGCUGUCCUUUCCCACCGGUAUCGUAGGCGUACUAGCUAACAAUCCCAAUCCAGCGAAACUUUGUUUCCGGCUGAAAAAUAUACAUAGAUUAGAUAACGUGUUACCGAAUAAACAGCUGAUUAGUAUCAAUGCAAUGAUGUCUACGCGCGAUACGACUGUCGUCGAAUUUAAUAUGCCGGCGUUAACUUCUCUUUUGAAACGUCAAUCGGAGAAGAAUCCCACCGCUCAGUACUUCAAUGUGGACAUACUGAAGUACCAGAUACGGCCAAAGGCCGGCGCUGCGUCAUGUCCCUACCAAUUGGUGUCUUACUGGAAGUGUGAGAGGGAUCACACAGAUCUUAAAGUGGAUUAUAAGUACAAUCUACACGCCAUGAGCCCCCCGUCACCGUUGCUGAACGUGUCUGUCUGUGUGCCAAUGAAUGGUGCCGUCAAGAAUGUCAUUGCGAUGCCAAAAAACACUUGGAACCCCGAGAACGAGCAAGCUCUGUGGCGUUUUACGGAACUAUCGCAGCAUUCUGAGGACAGAGGGGUGGGCUCGCUGAGGGCACGCUUUGAAUUAAACGAAGGUCCCUCGACGAAAGGAACGAUAUCGGCACAGUUCAACUGCGAGGGCGCCACUCUCUCUGGCAUUGAGUUUGAGCUUAUAGGCAGCGGGUAUAGACUAUCUCUUGUGAAACGUCGUUUUGUCUCUGGUAAAUAUAUUUGUGAUAGUGAGGUGCACUGAUUGGUCCAAAUCAAAUCUAAAAUUCACGUGUAGAUAUUUCGUUAAUAUCUUCAAUGUAUGAAGUAGUACACAUUUAUAAGUGUAUAGGCAUAUUUGGUACCAUAUAGGACUGUUUCCUGUUCACGGAAUUAAGUUAAUGCAACUAAGUUUGUCAAUUUUCUUAUUAUUAGUAAUAUAAAAUGUUAUAAUAAAUUUAAUGUUGCUAGAAAUAUAUUCACAGCAUUACUGACUUAUUUUUCAGAUUAGAGAUGUGCCAUGUUUAAAGUUUUAAAUGAAAUAAUCACAAUUUUUUUUAUGUUUAGCGCGAGCAAUUCUGUGUGUUGACAUAUUUUUUAUUUAAAAAGUAAUUUAAAUUUAACAUCACAUUUAGAUGAUAGCAUUUUUGUAAAAUGUAUUAUGUAGACCUAUCUCACGUGGUACUUUUCGUUUUGAAUUAAGAAUUUGGUAGUAGGUUUAUAAUAUUCACAAAAUAUACAUAUUUCAUUUUUGUAUUUAGCAAAUUUGCAAUUUUAUUUAAUUCAUAUCUUUCUCAAUUUUUUUUUUAAUGUUAUUAGUUUUACCUUCAAAUAAUGGCAGUAAUUGCUGAUAUAUGGGUCUCAUAUUAUGUUAAUGGCAUCAUACAUCAACUAAUUUUAUAUUAUGACUUUAGCUUGUAGUUUUAUUGAUAAUUCUAUAUUGGGCCUAAAAUUGCAAUAAAUAUAUCCUACUCCUACUGAAGGCCACAGUUAAUGAUGGUUACCAUUACUGGUUGCUGUCAAUUCUAUACAACACCGUAUGGUUUAAUGGAAUCUCUUGUAACAUCUAUUCUUAUAACUUAAUUUGGUAUGUAUUACACUAUGUUGAUAGGAUAUGUAGUUUAUGUUGUAUUCAGUUAGCAUUUAGUGGUUAACCACCAUUAAUUUUUUUUACAAAAACAGUGUUUGUCCCCGCACUGCUGUAACUGGAGGUACCUACCUCGAUACUAUAGUUUUUACUCAACAGUAAUCUCGUAUUGUAAUAAAAUAUCGUCAUUACAUGUAUGUAUAUUAAGAAUCAAAUUUCCUUAAUAGUCUGUCGGCCUAAUAAACUAAUAGAGUACCUACGUUGUAUAAAUAUUUAAAUAACUAAGGCUGACUCCUCAAGGUACGACUUGAUAUGUAAAAUGUGUGUAAAAUACGUGUCUAACAUAGCAGUUCGUUGAAAUAGUUGUAAUAAAAACCAAUAGUGAUGCCGUAAAUAAAAUUAAUGUUUCUUACCUUUUUUUUUUGUCGAAAAUUAAAUUAAAUUACUAAAUCGUAUCACAUCGAGUCGUUCCGUGAGAGAUCGUGGUACCUAACUUUACCAAAAGUGAAGUGUUCAUAAUAUAAACAGUUGAUAUAUUUAAAUAUAGGUCAAACAAAGUAUAACUUUAAAUUAAAUAAAAUCAUUCCAUUAUCUUCUACUAUAUGUAAAUCUUUAAUAUAAUUUUUUAUCACAAUAUAUUUUUUUUUCUUAAUACUUACCCUCUUAUUUAUAAAAAUGUCAAACGUCUAAUGAACCUAUUUUAGCUAUUGAACUGUUUUGUCUCUCUCCUUUAUGCUACAUUCCCAAUUGGAAAGAAAGUGACAAAAUAGUUUAAAAGCUCAAACAGGUUCGUAGUAGGUUUUAUUUUUUAUGAAUAAGGCGGUUAAUGUUUACCAAUGAUUGUUUUCGUUUUGGUCGUCGUAUCUUAUAUUUUGUAAUUCGAAAAAAAAAAAGGAAAAUUAGAUAAAAUUUUAAAAAUGAUAACUGAAUGCGUAAAAAGUAUUUUUGUAUUGUAAAAUUUAUCGCAUGUAUAUUCUAAUUAUAUACUGUAACUAUUACAUUCAUGGUGAAUAAAUUAAAAUGUAAUUUUA